UCCGACUCGUCUUUGUGUUUUGCAGUGCCGAAGAUCGAGAUCAUGGGCGCGUCCGACAUCUACGUGAAGACGGGCUCCACGGUGAACCUCAAAUGCGUCAUCACGCAGUCGCUGGAGGAGCCGGCCUACAUCUUCUGGUACCACGACGGCGUGCGGGUGCUCAACUACAAGCAGGGCACCAAGGACAUCCGAGUGGAGCGGUCGGGCGCCGACACGACGGUGGGCACGCUCGUGCUGUACGGCGCCACGCGGGAGGACUCGGGCAACUACACGUGCUCGCCCAGCAACCUGGACUCGGCCAGCGUCCUGCUGCACGUCCUCAACG